GGAAGUGACGUCCUUUGGAGGCGCCGCGCUCGGGCUCUUCCUUCCGGCCGCGGCUUGGGCUGCAGUGCUGACUGCGAGGGACUAGGCCCCGCUGCCGCCAUGAACAGCGUCGGCGAGGCUUGUACGGAGCUGAAGCGGGAGUACGACCAGUGCUUCAACCGCUGGUUCGCCGAGAAGUUCCUGAAGGGCGAGGCCCGAGGAGGAGGAGGCGAAGGCGGCGACCGCGACCCCUGCCUCCAGCUCUUCAAGCGCUACCAGCUCUGCGUCCAGAAAGCUAUUAAAGAGAAAGAGAUACCUAUCGAAGGGCUGGAGUUCAUGGGCCCCAGCAAAGGAAAGUCUGAGAACUCUUCUUGACCACCAUGGCUUCUGAAGAAUGAUCUUUUGAACGCUGAAAGACAGGCAAGCUUAGUUGGCUGGUAUCCACAGGAUCGGACUAGCUGUGCUUUUGGAGCAGAUGACAAACCGAGAUCCAAAGACUCUUCUCCGCCACAGUAUCUAUCUCAAAUCUAGUAGCUGCGUUUCCAUGUUUAAGGACAACUGGGGAUGGGUUUUAACAUGUGUGUAUGUACUGAUGGCUCUUUCAGAUCUUCGGUUGAAUGUAUUUCUAAUACCUUAAUCAGGGAGAACUGUACGUCCGGCUUAUGAUCUUAUUUAUGGAAGCUGAACAGUACUGUUAAAACGAAUGUCAUGGGCUCUGAUUGGUACAUUAAUUGAUAUGUUCGGUUUCCAUAAGUCUCUCCUGUCACUCAGGACCACUUCAAAAAAAGGCUGCAGUGGCACUCUUACCUUAUUUAGGGAUAAAAAAUGCAGCAUUCAAGGAGAAUUGUGCUUCAGAGAUAUUGUGCCCUUUGUGCAGAAGACGGUAUUCUGCUGCGCAUGCUUGUUGUUAUAUAAACGUAGUGUUUCUUUGCACUAAGGCGACAGAGCAAAAGCCACUCAAAACUAGGAAGCCCCAAGCUGGUGCGAGAGCUUUGCAUGCACCACCUUGGUUUUUUCACUUGCAGUGUCUUGUGAGAGACUAAACCUUCAUAUCUAUUUGCAUCCAGCCAUGUCAUUGAUAAAGGCCUGGCUUUUGCAGCCAGAACUGGUCUUAGGUCGAGCACUAAUAUGAGGGGUGACCUUCUGUCACGUUGAUGUUCUUGUGGAGGCACCCAUCUUGGUGCGCUUUAGAUUCUGUAACACAGAACCCAGAGGACCCUAUCAAGAAGGCUGUUUGCUGUUGCUUGGGCCUUGCCAGCAAAUUCUGUUUUAUAGAAAAAGCAGUUUUGAAGGAAGCACUUUAUGGAAAGCUGACCUUUGGAGGGGCAGAAACGCUAGCUUAAUUUGGAGAAACAAACCCACCUGCCCUGGUGGUGUGGUGCUAAAGCACAGCCAAGGACUUGCAGUGCGUGAAUAGGUCUGGCAUCAACAUGUAGUAGUCCAGCUGGGCAUGUCCAGGACCCAUGACCACCAUAAUUUAUACCUUUAAUGUACAUAAUCUUCCUGGCAACCUCUGGGCCCAACCUUGCUCUACUGUAGCAACCCACCUGAAAUGUUACACUGGGGCUCAGAGGCAUGAGAUGGGGGAGAUGGCAAUUGAAGCCACCAGCCUUGGCACUUUGCUCACUGUUAAGCUCAGCUGUGCCCUACAUAUCUUCUCCAAAGUGCUGCCCUGGGGGAGCUGCUAACAAACUUACUAGACACAGGUAGUAGAGUGCUCAGAUUUCAAGACCCAACACUGGGAGGCAGCCAUCCCAAUUGCUAGUGGGGAGGGGAUGGCGAGUCCCUUCUCCAACCAAGCUUGUGCAGAACUUAGCUACCUGUACUUCAAAGAGAAGAAAAAGGCUCCUUGAUUGUGGUUGCUGCUGUAAAAGUUUCUUACCACAGGAAGUGCCUUAUAUCCGAUCACUCUGUAUAUGUGUGCAUGUUCCGCUAUGGGCAAUAAUAGGAAUUGAAUUAGACAAAUAAAAUGUAGAACUGCA